AUGAAGAAAUUUGGGUACAAGCAAAGUAACUCUGAUCACACUUUGUUCUUGAAGAAAGAGAGAGGAAGGAUUACCUGCUUGAUAAUUUAUAUUGAUGAUAUGAUCAUCACUGGGAAUAAUGAAGAAGAGAUUAGUGACCUGAAGAAGAAGUUGUUUAUGGAGUUCGAAAUGGAAGACUUAGGAAACCUGAAAUAUUUCCUUGGGUUUGAUGUUCUAAGGUCGAGACGUGGAAUUUUCAUGAAUCAGAAGAAGUAUAUACUUGAUUUCCUAGCAAAAACCGGGAUGCUUAAAUGUAAGCCAGCUCAAACACUAAUUGUAGCCAACCAUGGGCUUCAGACAGUACAAGAUGGAGAAUUAGCCGAUAAAGAACAGUAUCAAAAGUUGGUGGGAAAACUCAUCCACCUAUCCCAUACUAGACCUGAUAUUUCAUAG